AUGUUGUGGAAGUGGCUGGAGGACAACUUUAAGUACCGCCGGAAGCGCCUUUUGCUUUUCGGCAGAAGAAGUCCCUCCGUCCUGGAGGUGAGCGGACGAGCGAAGAUCAGCAAAAAGCAGUACGACGCCCUUCUGGUGUGUGUCGAUUAUUUAGAACGCAACAUUACCGUGCACGGGCUGUUUGUGAUCAGUGGAAGCGUAUUGCAGGUGAAGAAAAUAUUCGAUAAAAUUAGGUCUGGCUGUCCGCACCUGGAAGAGUAUUUGCGCACCGUCCAGGCACCCCGGGAGUGUGCGAUGGCGUUCCAACAGUUCCUGUCCAUCUAUCGUGUGCAGGUUCUACCGCAGCGCUGCACGGAUGUCAUAGUCGGUGACGUCGCCAGCGUUCCGAAGCGGCUGAUCGCACUGGAUGUGCUCAAUUUGCUACACGAGGAGUUUGACGAUACGCGGCUUAAUUUCGCCAAGCGUUACCUGCAGCUGAUGCGGCGUUAUACCGUUUACGGAUACCUACGGCCCACAGAAGUGCACAUUGCCCUUACGCCGUUCCUCGCGCUGCCAAAAAUACUUCCCGGUCCCCACGUGCGCCGGAACAUGCUUUCGAAAUCGAUGACACUGCUGGAGCUUUUUCUGCUCGCUGGACUGCUGGACGAUCCGGUUGCACUUUCCGAAGAGUUACAUCAAGCCUGCGUAUCGUACUGGGGGGCCACCGAAGGGAAAAAGGGACCCUAA